AUGACGACCACUGCCAGCAUGUUGAGGCAGUUGGGUCUCUUUGGCUUUUGCUACGCUGCGAUAUUUCGAUGCGUGCUCUCGUAUAAGCAGCAGGAGCUCCCCCGACUAGUCCCAUGGAGGACGAUUGUGGGGAUGAGGAUCGAUCUACAAGUGGUCCAAGAAACCUGCAGGUAUGAGAAUGCGAGGCAAGUAUUCGCUGCAGAGGAUAUGCUAGCUGACCAGACUUCGUUUUUGCAGCUUAGCCUUCCUUUUAAGGUCAGAGAUCAUGGGGAUAGCGGUGAAGCUGAUCUUCUGGGAUUAGAUCUCGGAUGGCAGAAGGGCUUCCCUGUCUCCCCCAGCAGGGAUCUGACUUUCCUCUUGGACGUUGUUGUGCUGAUGCCUAUGUGGACAUGCCAUGCUCUCCCUUCUUGGUUUGGACGGGUCUUUGACCAACGGCCCCUGCAGGGAUACAUGCUGUGCUGCUGGCAUCAUAGUCCAUGUGGCGCUGGCCAGGGUGCGAAUCUCGGUGUGAUCAUGGUGGACUGCUGGUGUGAUCCUUGCAGGGGACUGCGGCCACCGGGGAAUCCAUUGGAAUUGGUUUCCUGGCGCACAAAGAAUUUGAACACACUGGACGAGGUUGUUUUCUGUAAAGAUAGGACCUUGGUCCUCGAUUUCCCUCGCAGAGAAAUAGCGCUCAAUGACUUUCUUUUGGAUCGGUCAGCUUUCCCAUCAAAAUCUGGGGAUGAGAAAGGUGAGAAGUUGGCUGAUUAUGAUUUCCCGCUGCCUGAUUUUAGCUCCCUGCUUUCUCUGCUUCUGGCAAAGAAAAAGCAUGUUGACAUUGACUGGAAAUUUGUUCAUCAACAACUUUCGUCUGAGCUGCGUGCAGAAUUGGAUGAUUGGAUUCUAGAUGAACCGGGCCAGGUCGAGGACGUUUCCAUUUAUACUGAUGGAUCGUUUGCCUGUACUGUGGAAGAGAAGAAAGCUGGCUGGGCCUUUCUGGCAAUUGGACUGUGGGAAGAAGAAUCCUACAUUUUGGGCUAUGAUUGGGGAAUUGUUGAUAUUGACCCACUUGAAGAGGGAUGGACAGGAGCUGAACGAGCUGACUCAAAAGCUGCGGAAGCGACUGCCAUUCUGAGAGCUCUUGAGUGGGCCUUUUCGCAUAAUUUGCAGACGACGUAUACUUUCUAUUUUGACUCCCAGCUGGCUGGAUUCUCAAGUUCUGGAGUAUAUGGGGUUGCUCCAUGGGAUCGGCAGCAUCGGGCCUUGCGAGCUAUGGCAAAAGCUUUUGAGGCUUUUCAUCGCCCUCAUGGCAUGACUCGUUGGAAACAUGUCAAAGCUCAUAAUGGUACCCUGGGAAACGAGAUUGUGGACAUCUUUGCAAAACGUGCCUUCAGGGAGCAAUCUUUCCUUCAUUCUUGGACAUGUCCGGAUUACUCGCCCUUUCUCUUUGGAAAAAGAUUCCCGUUGGAGUAUCUCUGGAUGUUGUGGGAUGCCACCUCUGGUCUCUCAAAUGGAGGGGACCGACGAGCUGUUCUCUUGCUCCGUGAUCAUCUGCCCGAUGUUCCUGGAUGCCUUGAAGAGAAGUUGCCCCCUGAGCUUCUGAAUGAGGUAGAGGACUAUUGGGCAGAGGUGACUUCUCUGCUCUCAAGCUUCUGCUCACGAUAUCCACAUGUCAUCAUUGGAACUGACGCCAAUGCCCAUUUUGAUGCUGAGUGCGAGGGAUGUAUUGGCGACGCAGGUCUUGAAAGCAAAGAGAACCUGGGUGGACGCCUUUUUCGUGAGCUGCUCAUCCGAUUUGAGCUUUUCCUCCCAUCGACCUUUGCUGAUAUCCACACAGGCAAGCAUGCGACCUGGUUUCAUAGUGCGCACGACACGAUGUCGCGCUGUGACUACUUUGCUUUGCCACAAGCCUGGAGACGGGCCAAGCUUGGCACGUGGGUCUUUGAUACUUUAGACAUUGUUAAAGACGGAAUCGAUCAUUUGCCGGUGGCGCUCACCUUUUGUAUGGCUUUCCAGGUUCUCAGCUGCUUUGACAAAGAGUCUGAGGAAAUGCCUAAGGAGGCAAUUGCAUCGGGGGACUCCUAUGCUAUAUUGUUUGUUGAUAUCAGCAAUGCCUUUUAUAAAGUGGUGCGGCAGCAUGUGGUGACCCCUGCUGAUGAUGAUCGAGGGGCCCGAGAGCUUUUUGGUAGUCUGGGACUACCACUGCAAGCUUUCUGUGAAUUCCAGGAACUGCUCCGACAACCUGAUGCUCUGGAGGCAGCGGAGGUACCCCAACACCUCAAGGCUCUUUUCAGAGAAUUUUUUACCUCAACCUGGUUCAUGAUCCGAGGAGACCAUGUUGUGACACAGACGAGGAAAGGGAGCAGGCCUGGAGAUGCUUUCGCUGAUUUGGUCUUUAGCUUCGCCCUCACGAAGUUUGUCCAAAGGGCACUUGACCAGCUGCAAAUGGAGUUCAAUGACUUGGGGAUCUGGUGGAAUGGUGAAAAGACCAUUUACCCUGAAGGGGACUUCCAUGUUGACCUUGGUCCGUUGACACCGAUCUGGGCAGAUGACCUGGCUUUUGCAGUUAGGGAUUGUGCCCCUGAGAUGUUGAUCCACAAAAUUCAAAGAGUUACAGCUGUUCUUUUUGAGAAUCUUUUGGCGGCGGGUCUCACUCCGAACCUGAAGAAAGGCAAGAGCGAAAUCCUGAUGGACCUGAGAGGGCCAGGUUCACUUGCCAUCAGACGUGACCUGUUGAGUCAGGAGAAUCUACUCCGCGUGGACUCACGCUAUGGUCCUUUUGAGCUUCAUCUGGUGGGAGCAUAUAAGCCAGUGGUGAAUGGUUCAUCGGAGAUGCUGAACCCCUCCAACAUGACCAUGUCGAGGGUGCGAUAUGUGCCUCGCAUCUUCGCCCACCUUUUUGCAGGCGUAUGGAACACGAGCCGACUGAAGCAAUAUCCCGGUCCCCUUUGCAAAGCACUUGCACAGAUCUUUUUAGAUGCACAGGCCGAUGAAGGGAACACCGAAGUUCCUGACUGGUUUGAAGCUGCUGUACAGAAGUUGGUGGCCCAAUUCGAUAUGGAUGCGCCCAUGGGCCCCGACUACAACGCAGCGGCAGUGAUCUCUGCCAAUUAG